AUGUCAAUCUCGAGCUCCACCUUCACCUCCCCGCUCGGUCCGCUUCGUCGAGGUCGGCACCACAUCGUCAAUCCCCAAGACCCCUCGGUACUCUCCCGUACACCCACCCCAUUCGUGCUCGGUCCUAUCGACCUGCUCACCCUCUACUUCAUCCCAGUCGCCACGGUCCUCAUCUAUGAGCCGUCUUCAGAUGGUACACCCCCAUUCUCCCUCGACAGACUCCACACCGCUAUCUCCUACCUCCUCAACUACUAUCCCCACCUCUCCGGCCGGUUCCGCAUUGAUACCGCAGCUGGCAAGCACGUAAUUGAUCGUCAUGGUACUGGCGCCUUGCUUCACGAAGCGACCAUAGACGUCCCUCUGUCAAGCUAUACAAAGGCGGGCGUCUACUCAAUCCUGGACCAGCCUGGAGCUGGGAAUUACCUCUUGGCGCCGUACGACUCCUCCCUGGAGGCGCUGGGCCGUGAUCCCAUCUUUACCGUCCAGUACACACGGUACGCGUGCGGAGGUGUCGCUCUUGGGAUCAGGUGUCCCCAUAUCGUGACGGAUGCAGAUGGGUUCUUUAGGCUGGCGGGGGAUUUGGCGCGGAUAUAUAGGGGAUUGGACGGGGCGGACAAGGGAAAGUUACCAGUGAGCAUGGAGCCGUGUGCGAAGCCUUAUCUGGCUGGCUGGGGCGACGACGAGGAGCUGGAGGAGGCAAGGAGAUACCGGCCAAAAGACUUCCACAUCGUUGACCCUCCGGCACCGGAACCCGCAUCGACCGAACCCGCUCCCCCUGCCGCACCUCCCCUCCCUGUCCUCGGCCGCGAGCUCCCCUUCUCCUCGGCGGACCUAGCGGAAAUCAAGUGCAGAGCUAGCGACCCUGAUUCUCCGGACAAGCCCAUAUCCUCCUUCGUCGCCCUCUGCGCUUGGCUACACCAGCAAAUCUACAAAGCGCGGCUCAUCCUCGAAGCCAAAUCCCCCUCCAUCCACAAAAUCGUCACUACCGACUUCCUCUCUCCUCUCAAUCUUCGCGCAGCGAACCGCCUCCCUGCCCUUCCUCCCAACUACUUCCCCAACGGCGUUCUCACGCACUACACUACCGUCCCUCCCACAGACCUCGCCUCUGCACCUUUGCACCGAAUCGCCGGCCAUCUACAGGCGAUGAUGACCACCCAAGCCGUCGUCGGCGUCGAGGCGGAACGGACCGUCAAGUGGCUUGCGGCCCAGCUGAACCUCAACCUCGUCACCUUUGGGAUGAAGUUUGGGCAGGGAUCCUGCAUGAUCUCGGCGUGGAACAAGUUUGAUAUGUACGGAGAAGGGGCGGCGCAGUUCAAGGAGGGGGAGAAGCCGGUGUUGGUUAGCCCACCGUUCACGCCUAUAUCGCUCAUGGAUGGGCUGGCGUAUGUGCUGCCGCCGCAUCCGAGAGGAGGGAAAGAGGGAGAUGGGGUGGUGGUGUAUCUGAGUUUAUUGGAGGCAGUAUGGGAUGUGAUUGAGAAAGAAGGCCUGUUCGGCUUGUAG